AUGCGUGAAACCCGCCCCAACUUUUACGUGGAAGAUGGGCUGACGAUGGGCCCAUUAAACCAUUCAGCGCAUAACGAAAAUAUGGCCCACUUAACUGGACAUGUGGCCGCCGCCGGAAUCAAAGACUUACAGCUCGUCGCUGUGGCGCCGGAGAAAGAGGAUCCCAAAAAGCACCAAUUGGGCCCCAAACGGAGCUCCAACAAGGACCGGCACACCAAGGUCGAGGGCAGGGGGCGGCGGAUUAGAAUGCCCGCCCUUUGCGCCGCCCGAAUUUUUCAGCUCACCCGCGAAUUAGGGCACAAAUCCGACGGCGAGACCGUCCAGUGGCUGCUCAAUCAGGCCGAGCCGUCAAUCAUAGCUGCCACCGGUACCGGCACCAUCCCCGCCUCCGCCCUCGCCGCCGCCGCCGUCGUCUCAAGCGGGAGCCCCCACCCGGGCGGCCCGAUUUCGAUUUCCUCGGGCCUGCACCGCAAGAUCGACGAUUCAAGCGGGGGCAGAGGGGGGCCCUGGCCGCACUCGGGAGUGGGCUUGUGGCCUGCUUCCGGUUUUGGGUUCCAGGCGGCGGCAGCGCCCGAGGGCCCGAGCUACAUGCAGAAGAUGGGCUUUGCGGGCUUUGACUUGCCGGGCUCGAUGAGCUUCGCCUCGAUUUUGGGCGCAAGCAGCCAGCAGAUUCCGGGUUUGGAGCUUGGAUUGUCGCAGCAGGAUGGGAGUGUUGGGGUUCUGAAUCCGUUUAGUCAGGUUUAUCAGCAGAUCGGGCCGGGUCGAUCUGUUCAUCAAGAAAAUCAGAAUCAUAAUCAAAAUCAUCAGCUGCUGAUGUCCUCUAAGGAUGAUUCUCAAGAGAAAAUGAAAUGA